CCUUCACCCUCCAAUUAAGAAUAAAUACAGGAGCUCUUUGGCUGAGAUGCUCUCCCCACUGAUACUUUGUUUCUUGCUCUAUUAACACGUAGAAUGGAUACUUUUCUCUCCUCAUGGUUUUGAUGUUCUUCUUCUUUUGUUUUUCAAGAAAAGAAGUUGCUUCUCUAGGCCAUUAUUCUUGUACUUCACUUCCUACCAUUCCUUUCCUUUUUCUGAAGUGUAUGUUGGUACUUGUGGGUGGUGGAUCAAAACCAAAAGAGGGUGUCGUCGAGCUCGAAUUUUUCCGUUAAAAGUCUUGCCUUCUCUUCCUUCCCAUUCAGUCCGUUUCAUUUGUCAUCUCUUUGCCUUCCCCAGUUCCCACCAUGGCUUCACUCAAAGCUGACAUGCAGACGUAUUUUGCUUGAGCAAUGGGAGGCAAAGAACAACAUCAAUGGAAGAAACAACGGCGGGCGCCAUCCAUCUUGUUUGGACAAAGUACGGGAAAAACUCCAUCAACUGAAAGAUGUAGUGAAAGAUCUCUAGAAUAGGCGAGUCUGAAGAAACCAUCCGUUGACUCCCUCGUGGUUAAAAGCCUCGACAACUGCCCCUGGUGAUUCCCCAUCAUCCGUACAAACUGAUCCUGAUACGAAGCUCCUAUCAAUCAAUUCUUCGUGAAAUCACAAGCCAGUUAUGAAGACAGAUCAAAAACCUUCCGGAGUCGACAGCAGUUCACAAAAGGAGCCCGAGGCCUAUGAAGAGUUCCAUAAACGACUCCACCCACACAAUUGUAAAAGCUUUUCCAAUAGCUCCUUUUACGAGGAAAUUGAGUCGAUUUAUAAAGACAUGGGUGAUGACAAUAAAUUCUUUUUGUCGUGCAUCGCUAUGCUCUCGGAAAAUGAAGUGGUGAAGAGGAGGCUCUUGACAAAUUGGUGGGUCGGAGAGGACAAAUUGAAAACUUUAAGUUCUGAAAAAAAAACACCAGAGGAACGUGUUGAUGAAAUUCUUGACAGUUUCAGGGUAAAGGGCUUAAUCGAGCCUGCAGAAGAGCCGGGAAAAGAGAGAGUUAAAAACUACAGAAUGCAUCCCCUUGUGCGCUCUGCUGUGAAUAGGCUUUCUGCGGAGAACAAGUUCUUUGCUUUUAAUGACAACGGAAUUCUGACUGCAAAUAUCUCGGAGUCAAACAGGGCUUGCAUUAUUAAGUAUCAAGCGACUCCAGAGAACCAAAGACCGGAAAAUUGGAGGAACAUGGAAAAAAUCGCUACGAUAUUCAAUGUUAGUGAGCCUUUUCCAGAUCUCAAUUUGCAGCAGUUGACAAAGAAGAAAGAUUCAAUUCUGGGGGGGAAUGGAUAUCGAAGAUGAGAAGCGUCAAAGUUCUUUAUCUGGGAAGAUGGUGGAAAGACCCUGCCUAUCACAUUGAAGUGGAGAGCGCUGCUUUCUUGAGUGGGUUGAAGAGUAUGAAAGAGUUAAGGCUACUUAGCCUUCAAGGGAUCUCCAAUAUUAACAAGCUUCCACGUUCCAUUGGCCGCCUCAAAAAUUUGAUAAUCAUAGAUGUCAAGGAAUGUCAUAAUCUGGAGGCACUUCCAGAGGAUGUUUCCUUUCUCAAUAACCUCACAUACUUGGAUGUUUCUAAUUGUCAUAUUCUGGAUCGCAUGCCGAAGGGGAUAUCAUCUCUUAAAAAACUCCAAGUCUUUAAGGGGUUUGUCAUUACUGCUGAACCAAGCAACAAUUUAGGUGCCCUUGAUGAUUUGAAAGAACUGACAGAGCUGAGGAAACUAUCUAUCAUUGCAAACAGCAACCACUUCCCAACGGUAAUAGACUUGGAAGUUCUCCAACGACUUGGAAAGCUUCGAAUUCUGGCAAUAGCAUGGGAGUCAAAGCAAGGCAGUCAUGGAACAAAAGGAUUGACAAGAACUGAAGAAACCAGGCUUCCUGCGCUCCUACCUGAAAACUUGGAGAAAUUGAGUCUUCAGGGUUUUCCUAAGCCAAAGAUGCCAUCUUGGCUAGUAGAAGCUAAAUUAAAAAGCCUAAAGAAACUCUACAUCAAAGGAGGAAUGCUCAAAACACUAGGUAAUGAACCCCUGGAGUCGAUUGAGACUCUAUGCUUGAAGUUCUUGAGUGACUUGAAGACAGAUUGGAAGGAAUUGCAGGAAAGGUUUCCGUCCAUGGUUCACUUGAAGAAAGUGAAAUGCCCUAGGGUCACCUUCUGCCCUUGUGAUGAGAAUGGGUAUUGUUAUCUGGUAUAACCCAAAAUGUUUAUAAAUUUGUUGUAUGCUUUGUUCAUGUUUGUUUUAAGUUUUUAUUAAACCUAUGUGUUGCUUAGGUGGGUGUUGUACUUUGAUUCUAAUUGCUAAUAUCUACUACUUCUUAUAUGUCAGAUCCUUAUAAC